UCUGUUUCCCGCGAACGCGCAGUCAACUGAAAAAGACCAUUUCUUUGUUUACAGGUGUCCUUUCUUCUAACCUUAGUAUUUACGCUCUGGACAAGGCUGGGAUUUUAUCUUUCAAUAAACAAAAGCUGGUGUUUGUAGCCAUCCACUUUAAACAUUCCGAAUAUAUCAAAGUUAAAGAGCUUUCAUGUGUUUGUAGAAGUGUUCACGUGCCCACCGCCUGUUCAUACACCUUCCCCCACAGGAUUCUACAGCGCAGUAUCCAGCGAUAUGCGGCAACCCACUUCACCCCACUGUAUAUAUCUCCCUUCCUCUGAGGCAACUCAAGUAAUAUACGCUGGGUCGAUAGAAGAGAUUAGUAGUUCUUCUCCAUCUACGGCUGACAGAAUUCGACUGCUUUACUGAAGGAAAGAACAUCGGAGAAUAGUCUCUCUUUGGAUCUCCAGUUUGCUUCGAAAGUUUAACGGGCUAGAAAACAACGCUGUUAACUGGUUCGAAGCAUUCUUAAGAAUGCUGGAGUAUUCAAAGUCGGGCAAGUGGUGGCAACACCGACGACAUGGCGCGCCUCGUCAAACAAGUGAGCAUCGAGAGUCCUACUCACAAACUGAAGGAAUGUAUUUUCAACUUCGAAACUCCAAUGCCAGAAAUACCUCCUGCAGGAGCUCGAGUCAAGGUUCGCAACGCAGGUGUAUGUUACCGCCUACGUUCAGCCUCCUCUUCCUCAAGCAUCAAGUCAGUGGACUCGCUGCACUGCGGAUCUCCUCUCCAUCACUCCGUCCGUGACACCGCUCUCUUCCCUGGAUACGAGGUUGCUGGUACUGUCGAGGCCCUCGGUGUUGAGGUUACAGAAACAGAUUUGCAAGUCGGUGACAGAGUCAUUGUGUAUCCUUAUGAAGGUCAUCCACCAGGCUAUGCAGAAUACAUUGCUGUGCCAGAUGUCCAGUAUCUAAUCAAGGUGCCAGAAAACAUGAACCUCAGCACAGCAGCUAUGCUUCCUUCAGGGGCACUCUGGGCUAUGAACACAGUGUUCAGCGCUCACAACCAUGUUGAAAAGGUCCUAUCGGAGAAGGGUGAGACAGGACAGUGUAAGAUUUUGUUGGUAGGCACAGGAGGUCUUGCACUGUGGGCCAUGAGAAUUGCUCGGUUUUAUUGGCCACAGAAGAGGGACCGCAUUGUUAUUGCAGUUGCUUGCCUCAGAGAUGAGGGUAUUUCUAUUGCUCAGGAGUACCUCAGGGUGAAUGUGGUACAGUGGAAUGAGGAUUUGUAUGAGGAACAGCUUGUAGAGAGAACUAAAGAUGCAUGUGGUGGACCUGUGGACAUUGUUAUUGAUUUCAGUGCAACCUCACGCUCAAUUCGGAGAGCACUCAAGUGUCUGGCUCCAGUAAGUUUCAUGAUGUAUUAGACAAAACU